AUGUCGACCCGGCCGUCCGUGCCGAAAAAGGUCCGUCUCGCUUGCCAGCGUUGUCGCACCAGACGCAUCAAGUGUGAUGGGCAAGUCCCCGCGUGCACUAAUUGCGCAAAGGCUGGCCAAGUUUGCCUCGAUGUAGACAGCCAGAAUUCGGGCAUUGUGAUCCCUCGAAAUUUUGCUGCAGCAGCCCGGGAGAGGAUUCAUUGGCUGGAAGCCAUCAUUAGAGACCGUCUACCUGAUGUAGAUCUGCGGUCUGGGCCUCAGGUUGAUGCAUCCCUGGAUCUUGAAGCCCCGGAAACACCUGCGCUGCCAUUAGCUACCUCCGCGCCUCGGCCAUCUCAAAAGAGGUCGGCCGACGCUGUUCAAGCUGAGCAAGAUGGGUCCUUCCCGGAGAGGGCUCACUCCGUCGCAAUGAACUUGGGAAUGCUUUCUCUGAACUCAGACUCGCCCCAAAAGCACUACCUUGGUUCGAGCUCCGGGCUUCUGUUCACCAACCUUAUCGGGGCAUCGCCUUCUAGCACAGCAUCUACCCCUCAAGAGACUGCAAUUCAUGCCCAAGCUGGCGAGACAGACUGGUACGAAGGGCCAAGAGAGCAAGCCAAGCAGUACUGCAUCGAUAUGUAUUCAUUUUUGAAGCAGGAGCUGCCCCCUCGACAUGAUGCAUUGCUGCUUAUCCACACGUAUACCCGAUGGAUACACCCCGACUUUCCAGUUAUCGAGCCUUCAGGCAUCUUCAGUGCCCUGGACGCCAUCUACGACUGCCUUCAAGACCCGCUGCUGGACGAUGACUUCCGCAAUGGCUGGCCUAGUAACAUGCGAUCUUUCUACUGGAAUGGGCGCCAAGUAGUCCCCGGGGCAGCAGAAUCAGGCGGGGUUACCAUGCCAGUCGUUGCCUUCACGUUGUUCAUGAUUUUGAACAUUGGUGCGAUUGUCAAGGUUAGGUCUCGCAUCUACGAGUAUCCCCCGCAGCGAUACUACCGAGCGGCCAUACACUUCUCCAAAGAUGCCUUCUCACAGAUUUCACUGCCCUCUCUUCAAGGUCUAGUGAUGCUGGUUAUCCACAGCAUGCUGACGCCUGCUGAAGUCAACCUUUGGACAUUGGUUCACCUGGCGCUCGCCUAUUGUGUCGAGAUUGGAGUCCACCGAGAGCAAGCAGAAUUAUCUGCUAGUGACUUUACGUACCAGCAAGUUAGGAGAUUCACGUUUUUCACUAUUUAUUCCCUGGACAGGUCCAUCUCAUCGAUUCAAGGGCGCCCGCUGGGCUUCCGAGAUGAAACCUUUGACAUACAGAUGCCUCAACCUCCGACACAGUUGAGUGAACUCAGAGACGGUCCCAUCCCGCCGUCAUUUGCGGCAGCUGUCACACAUUACUCCAUUUACAAGUUCAAGCUUGAUCGCAUCGUUUCGGACAUUAAGCUUCAUCUUUACCACCUCCCCGGCGAGUCGAGUUGGUUUCCGUGGCCCAAGAACUCCGUUGAGCACCAAGAGCGCAUCAAAGACGCCAUACAAAACUGGUGGGAUGAGGUUCGAGACGACCCGUUCGACUUCGCCUGCCUUGACAGCCGUCAACGACAAGUCUGGAGACUGAAGCUCAGAGUCAAAUACCACUCGACCAUGAUUCUUCUUUUCCAACCAUCUCAGGUGAUACCAUCACCGUCUCCACAUGCCCUCGGAAUAUGCCUGGACAGCGCAUCCGGCAUUUUGAACGACUAUCAACGUCUACACGAUUUGCAGAGCUUAGAUCAUGGAUGGAGGGCUGUUCUCAAUAUUUUUGCCGCUGGCGCUACUUUGAUAUACUCUUUCUGGACAUCAGAGCAGGUUCGAAAAAACGCAUCAGCAGCAGAUAUGGCAAAGGACCUUAGGACGUGCUCUAGCCUUCUCACUGUGGGCGGAGAAUGGUGGCCAUCAGCUAAGACUGGACAGCGAAGUUUUGGCCUUGUUGCGGACCUCACGAUGCGGAAACUCUACAUGGACAACGGGGCUUCAAAAGCUCCACGCCUGACUGCGGAUUCGUCGUCACCUGGUUGGCAGUCUAAUCAUCGUGCUGGACAUGGGGAGCAGUCAAUUCAGGUUCUAAGUGGCGAGGAUGCCUUGGAAAGGCUUGAUCACCUACCGCUCGACGAGACAUGGCAACAUAUGGAUCACGUGGUCACUCAGGAUGCUGGUCAGGUCACAUGGCACGGAGCUGGAGAAGGGAGGGGCGAUGAGGAAAUGGAUGUGAAUCCGGAGAUCGAGACUUUCCUCGCAGACUUCGACCGGUCUGAUUUCACCUGGAGCUUUCCUCUAACCAAUGGUGAGGACAUGCACAUAUUCGGCUCAGAUCCAAAUCCAGGCUUCUGA